CCAUAGGUGUGCGCGGGGGAGAAAGAAACAAGCUGAGUGUGCGUCUCAUCUAAUAGAGCCUCGGAGCGCAUUAUCUUCCCCGCCAUCUCCGUCUGGGCGGUUGGUGCUGCGCCGUGCCGGGGAAAACGGCCGGGAGAAGAUGCGUUGACUCGAGCGGAUAUUCUCAGCAGCCGAGACUAAUUGGUGUGAUUCAUGUCCCCGUUGAGUGGUCGAAGCCUAUUCGUAGCCAGGGAUAAGGAGAGAAAGAGAGAGGGGACGAGAUACGCGCAGAGAUCCGCAGGCAGGAGUCUUUGGAAAUGAAGGAAUUAUAAAGAGGUCUAAAAAGAGGAGUAAGACGCGCCAGCAAGUCAAAGUUUCUUUUGCAGCAGUCGGGUUUCUUUCUUUUUUUCUGCGGACAUCACUGUGUCCUCAGACGGACGCCGUGAUGGAAUGACACUUGGAGAGAGCGUGAUGGACACUUUGGCACCGGGGCUCCUGCUAAAGAAAUCCUCCAGUUCACACCAGGCGCGAUGCUGACCCAGCCCUCGGGACGGUGAUCAGUCAUUUGUUUUGAAGUGGCAGGAAAAUCCUCCUCUUGAUCGAAACAAGAGCGAGAGAUGGUGCGCACAGCGAUUCCUCCGAGACUGACGUGCGCACUCAUCACAUUGCCGUUAAGGAGCGCAUCUUAAAGAGCUUCAUUCUUCAUUCAUGUUCAUUCUGCUGCUCUGAACUUGUUGAACGGCGUUAAAAGAGCAGCGGGGACGGGGAGCGCUCGGUCCAACAGGGACAAUCCCAGAAAGUGCCAGAUCGUCGCGCAGGACGAGGACCAUGAUUGACAGCCAGGCGAGCUGAGGAGACCUGUCACUCAUCUUCCUAUCAGCGUGUCAGAGGGCUAUCUCCUUCUCGCUUUCCCCCCCUCUUCCUCCUUCUCCUCCUCCACCACCACCACCACCGCCCUCCUCCCACCCUCAGUCCUCUCCUCUUAUCUUCUCAAUGGAGUGGUAACCCCGUCAUCCCUUACAGUCAUCCGCCACGACAGAAAUCGUAAAGAAAAGCUCCUCAUGCCUCCCCUCUCCAGUUGAGUGACUUGUAAUAAGUGGAAGCAGAAGAGUGAUCCCCCUGUUUCGCACCCUCUACGCGGCUCCUCAGAAAGGAGCGGAGAGAACCAGUCAUGCGUUUCCAUUUCGCGUUGACGCUGCAGGCAAUAUGGACUGGUGUUUGCCAGGCGGCCAUGCAGCACUACCCCGCAGCGUGGGGCCACUACGACGUGUGCAAGUCCCAGGUUUACUCGGACGAAGGCUUAACCUGGGACUACAUGGCCUGCCAGCCAGAGGCAGCAGACAUGACCCAGUACCUGAAGGUUACCUUGGAUCCCCCCAACAUCACCUGUGGAGACCCUCCAGAGACGUACUGUGCCCUGGAGAACCCUUACAUGUGUAACAAUGAAUGUGAUGCCAGCACUGAGGAGCUCGCCCACCCUCCAGGGCUGAUGUUUGACAUCGAGGGCCGCAACCCCACAACCUUCUGGCAGUCCACCUCAUGGAAGAAGUACCCAAAGGCCCUCCUGGUCAACAUCACUCUGUCUUGGAACAAGACCAUCGAGCUGACCGACGACAUUGUCCUCACCUUCGAGUCAGGCCGGCCCGAGCAGAUGGUCCUAGAAAAGUCGCUAGAUUACGGACGAACCUGGCAGCCCUACCAGUUCUAUGCCACCGACUGCCUGGACGCCUUCACCAUGGAGCCCAAGACAGUGCAGGAUCUGACUCAGCAUACUCUGCUGGACAUCAUCUGCACCGAGGACUACUCACGGGGCUACGUGUGGAAGUACGACAAAACUGUGCGCUUUGAGAUCAAGGACCGAUUCGCGCUGUUUGCCGGGCCACGACUCCACAACAUGGCCUCACUUUAUGGACAACUGGACACGACCAAGAACCUGAGGGACUUCUUUACCAUUACCGAUCUGAGAGUCCGCCUGCUCAGGCCUGCCACGGGAGCUACAAUGGUGGAUGAAAACAACCUUUCCAGAUACUUCUACGCCAUUUCUGACAUUAAAGUUCAGGGCAGGUGCAAGUGCAAUCUCCACGCCAACAGCUGCGUGUUCGACAAAGAGAAGUUGAGCUGCGAGUGCGAGCACAACACCACCGGGCCCGACUGUGGCCGCUGUAAGAGGAACUACCAGGGGCGAGGGUGGAGCGCCGGCUCCUACCUGCCCAUCCCCAAGGGCACGGCUAAUAUCUGUAUUCCUAAUAGCAUUGGUCCAGUUAACUGCGAAUGCUUCGGCCACUCCAACCGAUGCAGCUACAUCGAUCUGCUAAACUCCGUCUUUUGCGUGAGCUGUAAGCACAACACUAGGGGCCAGCACUGCCAGCUAUGCAAGCUGGGCUACUACCGCAAUACCUCAGCAGAACUGGAUGAUGAAAAUGUGUGCAUAGAGUGUAAUUGUAAUCCCUUUGGCUCAGUCAGUGAUCGCUGUAAUGGCACAGGAUUUUGUAUAUGUAAGGAGGGCACUACAGGGCCUAAGUGUCAGGAGUGUCUACCCGGCUAUUUGUGGGACGAUGGCUGCAAAUCCCGGGUGUGCGACAACGAACUCCUGCGCUGCCAAAAUGGCGGCGAGUGCGUCAACAACGUCCGCUGCAACUGUCCCUCCGACUACACGGGCCUGCUGUGCGAGAAGCCCCGCUGCGAGUCGGAGCUGGGGGGCUGCGGGGGCCCGGACUCGGGCCAGGAGUCGCUUACGCCUCCGCCCGCCUCCAGGUGUCUGAUGCUGCUGCUGUUGCUGCUGGGCUCGGCCGUGCUGAGAGAGGCCUCCUGCUGGCCCGCCGCGCUCUGAAGAGACCCAUUACCUGGUGGGGGUGGCACCCUACCCCCCACCCCUCCCACACCUCCGUCUCCACCUUAGCCCACCCCCGUCCCCUCCCGACCCGCCCUUUCGAAUAAUCAACGACCAUUUAAAAAAAAAAAAAAAAAAAAAAGAACAACCAUGAGCUUUCUGGACUGUAACGUACUGAGCUUCUCCGCCGCCAGACUCAAUGGACACUCGCGCUGACGAUGAAGGGAAUGUGCCAGCAGACAAAAGAGUGCAAAAACUUUUCAUUUAAUUUCAAGGAAUAUAUAGAAAUGGAAAAAAACAUAUACUUCUAAAAAAAAAAAAAAAAAGCCAGAUAUUAUUAAAAAUACGAGCGUUUGCCUAAUAAGAGUGAAAUGAGCAAAGAAUGGUGAGUCCUCCCCUCCCCCCUCUAAGCCAUACCAGGUACACGAGCUCCUUCCACUUUGAGGAGGGAUAACUGAAGAUGACAGACUUGUUCACUUCCUCUCUUAUUGCCACGGCAACAACAGCUGCGACCAAUCAGCUCUCGCACGAGCCGAUAGUGGCCCGCUGGUCCCUCUUGGGAUGCUUCUGCGAGUUAAUGUUGGCUGGACUGACGCAGAAGAAAUCAAAAAGAAAAUAUAUAUAUAUAUAUAUAUGAAAAAAAAACUGUCCCAGAUGAAUGGCAAAGACUGGCCUCAGAGACAAAGCCGUUACACUUCAGUGCGACGACAAACAGGAAGAGGUGAAAAACCACGGAGCAUUCUUUGCUGUCAGUGCAUUGUGGAUAGAAGGAAAUCUGUCCGGACUGCCACUUUGUGACAAAAAAAAACAAAAAACACCUUGCCCACGUUGAUCCCCCCUCUCUAUCUCUCUGUCUCUCCCUCCAGCUCUAUCUCAUCCUUCCCCUCUGUUCACCCCCUCCCCUCCCCUCCCCUCCCUCCCUCCAGUCCUGGUUCCCUCGCCAUGCUGCCACUGACCUGUGCUUUCGUGAACGUUACUCUGUAAACCCUUGUUGGUUGAAAGAUUCUUUUGUCCAAUGUUAGUGAUGCACAUGUGUAAGAAGCCCCUCCCCCUCCCUCCAACCCUCCCUUCCCCGUCCCCUUCCUUUCAUCCCUCUUCCAAAAAGAUACUCCAGUGAAGCUGUCUGAUUCUUUUUUUUUUCUAUCUUAGAGCCGCCACGCUCCCUACGACCACGGUCAGAGGAUAGUUUUCACCCGAGCAGACGAGAAGUGCAUAGAAAACCAUCAGUGUAUUUGCAAGUUCUUUUCUUGACAGAGCAAACGAACAAAAAAAAAAAUGAGUCAUGUAGUCCUUUUGUAUCUUUGCCGAACUGUGAUUGAAAAAAGGCAACCUUUAAUGUACCUAUUUAAGACAUCCAAAUGCGGAAGCUACUGUAUUUCUUUUCCUCUCUUUUCAUUUAAUUUUCUUUCGUUCACUUCAUUUAUUUAUUACUUUUAGUUGUGCAGUUGAUUUUCCUUUGUAUUGGCAACGUGCUGGCAUCAAAGAAUAUCAGUUUACAUAUACAGUAUUAAAUAAAGUGUAAUAAAAAUCCCACCAAAGGACAUUAUAAAUGUUUUUGUUCUUGCUUUAACACUUGAGAAUUUAAGUGAAUAAAAGUUUAAAAA